AUGGAAGACAGCGAGAACAACCCUUUUAUUAUCACAGGAGCUCAGGAAAAUAAUCAAAUGACUGUCAAGCAAACAUACUUUGAUUUGAAGAACCCUAUGGAGUGGGAUAUCAUCAAGUUCCAUCAUUUUUUUAUAGAAAAAAACAAAGAUAGGCCAGAGAAGCUUAAUUACAUGAAGGCUGCAGAUAAACUAAUCAAGAAUUUGCGAGAUAUUGUGAGCACAUCAGCCAAUGCUAAUACGAUAAGGAAGGCAUUAAGUCUUCAGAAAAAAGCUAAGUUAGUUGGUUUGGCUCUUUACAACUACGCGGGGAUUCUGCUUGAUGAACCGUUUAUGAUCUGUUUGAUCGUCAUGUUAUGUGGACUACUACAAGUAACACAGGAGAAUCAAAGUUAUGUAAGCAUGUUAAAUCGCGGUGUCUUGGGAAAGCUAGAGAAUGUCAUCAUUUCAAAUAAGCAUGAGAGUGAACAUGUUGACUUGAAGAGAAAGACAACUAAAUCUGACAUGCCAGAAGAAACGCCAUUAGGAAAAGGCCCACGUGUCUUAUUUGAAGCAACCUCACUACACAAACCACUCUUAACAAAAGAAAUAAUAUCAAAUAUUGCACCAAUAAUAGUACCAUGGUUGAAGUCGCUUAUAUCUAAUCUUGAAGUUCAACACGAAGACAUUGUUAAGGAAAUAAAUUGUCAUUUAUAUGACCAAAUCAAGCUAGCCAGCUUGCUGAGAUCACUAAAUACUAUAGAUGAAUUUGAUGAAAAGGUGAAUAUACCAUUGAAGGUUGUUGAUGAUUAUGAAGAUGGCCUGCGUAUUGUCUUUCAGAUGGAGAAAAAUAUGAUGAUGACAAAGGCUUUGCAAUUUGUUAAAGAUCCAAACGGAAAAAUCAUGACUUAUAAUGUGAAUGCAUUAGCUAUUGUCAAGGAGAAUCAUAGAGAAUUUGCGACAAUCGAGGUAUCUGGUGGACUAAUGGAGCAGGAUCAUCCUCAUACACUAGGAGAUACUAUGAAGACGUUGCUGGAAGAAAGUGAAAUGCUUUAA